AUGCGGGCGCGGCCUCUCUGGGCCGCGGCGCUGGUGCUGGGGGCGCUGGCGGGCGUCGGUGCCGGAGGGCCCAACAUCUGUACCACACGAGGCGUGAGCUCCUGCCAGCAAUGUCUGGCUGUGAGUCCCAUGUGUGCCUGGUGCUCGGACGAGGCCCUGCCUCUGGGCUCACCCCGAUGCGACCUGAAGGAGAAUCUGCUGAAGGAUAAGUGUGCCCUGGAGUCCAUUGAGUUCCCCGUCAGUGAGGCCAGGAUCCUGGAGGCCAGGCCCCUCAGUGACAAGGGCUCUGGAGACAGCUCCCAGGUUGUUCAAGUCAGUCCCCAGAGGAUUGCACUGCGGUUACGGCCAGAUGAUUCGAAGAGUUUCUCCGUCCAAGUCCGGCAGGUGGAGGACUACCCUGUGGAUAUCUAUUACUUGAUGGACCUGUCUUACUCCAUGAAAGACGAUCUGUCCAGCAUACAGAACCUGGGCACUAAGCUGGCCUCUCAGAUGCGCAAGCUCACCAGUAACCUGCGGAUUGGCUUUGGGGCCUUUGUGGACAAACCCGUGUCACCGUACAUGUACAUCUCCCCACCAGCGGCCCUCAAAAAUCCUUGCUAUGAUAUGAAGACCACCUGUUUGCCCAUGUUUGGCUAUAAACACGUGCUGACGCUAACGGACCAGGUGACUCGCUUCAAUGAGGAAGUGAGGAAGCAGAGUGUGUCCCGGAACCGAGAUGCCCCUGAGGGCGGCUUCGAUGCCAUCAUGCAGGCUACAGUCUGUGAUGAAAAGAUUGGCUGGAGGAGUGAUGCAUCCCACCUGUUGGUGUUCACCACCGAUGCAAAGACUCAUAUAGCACUGGAUGGAAGGCUGGCGGGCAUUGUGAAGCCCAACGACGGGCAGUGCCAUGUUGGCCGUGACAACCACUACUCUGCCUCCACGACCAUGGAUUAUCCCUCUCUGGGUCUGAUGACUGAGAAGCUAUCCCAGAAAAACAUCAAUUUGAUCUUUGCAGUGACGGAAAGGGUCGUCAACCUCUACCAGAACUACAGUGAACUCAUCCCAGGGACCACAGUGGGGGUCCUGUCUGCUGAUUCCAGCAAUGUUCUCCAGCUAAUUGUUGAUGCUUAUGGGAAAAUCCGCUCUAAAGUGGAGCUGGAAGUGCGUGACCUGCCCGAGGAGUUGUCUCUGUCCUUCAAUGCCACCUGCCUCAACAACGAGGUCAUCCCAGGCCUCAAGUCUUGUGUUGGACUCAAGAUUGGAGACACGGUGAGCUUCAGCAUCGAGGCCAAGGUGCGGGGCUGCCCCCAGGAGAAGGAGAAGUCCUUCACCGUCAAGCCUGUGGGCUUCAAGGACAGUCUCACUGUCCAGGUGACCUUCGACUGUGACUGCGCCUGCCAGGCCCAGGCGGAGCCUGCCAGCAGCCGCUGCAACAAUGGCAAUGGGACCUUCGAGUGUGGGGUGUGCCGCUGCGGGCCUGGCUGGCUGGGGUCCCAGUGUGAGUGCUCGGAAGAGGACUACCGGCCUUCGCAGCAGGAUGAGUGCAGCCCCCGUGAGGGCCAGCCGGUCUGCAGCCAGCGUGGCGAGUGCCUCUGUGGGCAGUGUGUCUGCCACAGCAGCGACUUUGGCAAGAUCACGGGCAAGUACUGUGAGUGUGACGACUUCUCCUGUGUCCGCUACAAAGGGGAGAUGUGCUCCGGCCAUGGCCAGUGCAGCUGUGGGGACUGCCUGUGCGACUCCGACUGGACUGGCUACUACUGCAACUGCACCAUGCGCACCGACACCUGCAUGUCCAGCAAUGGCCUGCUGUGCAGUGGCCGCGGCAAGUGCGAGUGCGGCAGCUGCACCUGCAUCCAGCCCGGCUCCUAUGGGGACACCUGUGAGAAGUGUCCCACCUGCCCCGAUGCCUGCACCUUUAAGAAGGAGUGUGUGGAAUGCAAGAAGUUUAACCGGGGAGCCCUCCAUGAGGAAAAUACCUGCAGCCGUUACUGCCGCGAUGAGAUUGAGUCUGUGAAGGAGCUCCAGGACACGGGCAAGGAUGCCGUGAACUGCACCUACAAGAACGAGGAUGAUUGUGUUGUCAGGUUCCAGUACUAUGAAGACUCCAGUGGAAAGUCCAUCCUGUAUGUGGUGGAAGAACCAGAGUGUCCCAAGGGCCCUGACAUCCUGGUGGUCCUGCUUUCAGUGAUGGGGGCCAUUCUGCUCAUUGGCCUUGCUACUCUGCUCAUCUGGAAGCUCCUCAUCACCAUCCAUGACCGGAAGGAGUUUGCUAAAUUUGAGGAAGAGAGAGCUAGAGCAAAAUGGGACACGGCCAACAACCCACUGUAUAAAGAGGCCACUUCCACCUUCACCAACAUCACCUACCGGGGCACUUAGUGACCAGCUGCCUUCCUCAGAUCACUGUCAGACUGUCCCAGGAUUGUGGGCGUCUCUGCUACCAUGUUUACAGGGACACUAACUGUGGGGCAGGACUGGGGGCUCGGAGUGGGGUGGGUUGGGAGAAUGUCAGCACGUGGGAGUGUGGGUCUCUGUGCCUGUGUGUGUGUGCAUGUGCUGGGGGAAUGUGUAAUUUAAAAUUUGCGAUGUGUUCCAGAUAGAGCUCCUCAGCCUUCGUCCUCAGAAACUCUCUUCAGGGAUUCUUCCUGCUUUACCUGAGAGUGGCCUACAUAGCUAAACAGAUGUUUUUCAUUACCUCAGUGAGAAGUCAACUUUCCUUCUUGUGCCGUUCUCCCUGUAGAGAAGGGCAGGGCCGAGGCCUCUAUUCCAGAGGAAGAAAUAGCAAACUUUGACUCUACCUGAGAUUUUGGUCCUUGGUCUCAGUGGCUAUGGUGGGAACUACUGGGUUUUGCAGACUGUUGUCUCACCUGAACCCCCCGUCUUCUUCCCCUUCCCUCAAGUGGAAGGAGGAAUCUGGAGAGAGCAGAACUGCCAGAGCUGCCUAUGCGUUUAACCAUCACCUCAGUCCAGCAUGGUUCUCUCUGAAGGGGAGUCCUUGCUACCUAAUUCUUCAGUCCCUUGGGUGUGAGGAGGGCAGGCCCCCUCAGGGGUCAUGUAUGCCAGGGUCUGCAAAUCAUGAUCAGAGUCCUUCAGAUUUGCCCUCAUAAGCAGUUCUAAUCUUGAGGUGUGUUACCCUUGGACCAGCACCACCUCUUUACCUCUAGCGUGCUCACUCUCACUGUUAUAGACAGUUGCUAUGUGGGAAUUUCUCCCAGGAAGAGUGCUAUGGUUAGAACUAGAGGUCUGGCUCCCUCUCCUCCCCCUCCCCCCCUCUUCAGGUAUUCUGCUCCUUGUCUACAGCACCUCCACAAGCCCAACCCUGGGUUUAUGUGCUAUAUUCAUCCAUGGGGCUAAUUGCAUUUAUCUACCUCUUGGGUGUCUUAUGAAGGAAUCUCUACCGUGGGUCUCUGAGUCCGCUGGACUUAAGUCCAGGGUGAAAUGACGGGCCAGUUGUUUCAGCAUAUGUGGCCUAUUCUAAUGACUGGGCAACCUCAUUUUAACUCAGUCUUUAAUCUGAGAGGCCACAAGUGCAAUUCUACAUACUUUUACUCAUUGGGCACCUGAAACCACGAUGAGGCUAGCGUAACCUAAAGGAACAUGUAUAUAAACACACUUGCAUUAUAUCUGUGAUUUUAUUUGAUGAGGAGGAAGGAGAAUAUAAAAAAAAAUCACAGACUCGAUCAGGGUAGAGGCACUCCCCUUUGGCAUCAUUCAUAGCAAGUUGCUGCCCAGUUUCUGGGUCUGUAAGGUCUUUCUUAUCCUAAAUACCUGUGGGGAUGAACAUAUGGACAUGCCAGUUCAAUAUUAACAACCAUCCUUUCCCUUUGAGGAAGAAAGGACGGACCAGUUAACAGUUGUCUGAUGAUCAGAAAAUAUAAGUCCUGGCCUCACUAUUGCAACCAAGGAAUCUUUGACCUUAAUUAAGGUUAUCACUUCUUUCUCUGGGACUCCAUUGUUUAGUGAUAGGUUUCGUCCAGAUAGUCUAGAAGGUCUCUUUAAGUGUUAACAUCCUAAGCUGCUGGGCCAUACUAUGGCAUCAAACCUGCAGAUUUUGUGGGAUGUUGAAACUCUAUGUUAUUUCAGUUGGGAGGUAUGAGAGACCUGGCAUUGGCAAGAGAUAUCAUUCCAUAUUACCCUUCUCAAUAAACCAGCCUCAUUCUGUCCUCUCUUAGAACCCCUUCUCCAACUUUUGUUAGCAGAUAACAUCUCCACUGUGUUAUUAUUUCUAAAUUCACUUUGCACACUUUCGCAUCCAUGUAUUAGGUGAUGAGGCAUCCAGAAGUAGUUGAAAGGUGUAUUCUGUGUCCACGUUCUGUGUCUCAGUUAAUACUGAAAAUAAGUCUUAAACUGGGAAUGGGGCAAAUGACCAAGCCCUGUCUCAUUCAUGGAUUAUUGCUUGCUGUAGGGGGUAGUAAAGGGGUAGACAGAUAAAUGGGGGAGGGUUGAGCACAGUUCCAAGAUGUUUAGAACUUGGCUGUAGCCUUCAGCUAUAGAGCCAAGAGUACAUGAAAGUAGUGGUUGGACAUUUUUUGAGAUAUAUUAUAUGAAGAAACUCUAUCAGAGGUGGAAGCAUAUGUAUCCAUCCCAAGGAUGAAAAAAAUCAGUAGGAACCUUGCCUAAGCUUCUGGAAUGAGGCUUAUGGCCUUGAAGACCAGUACUGUUUAUUUAUGUGUGGGGAGAGCUCAGAGUUGUAUUCAUGAAAUAGCAAGUAGCAGUCAGUUUUGCCAUCAUGUAGGGUGAACAUCUAAGCAGUAUUUUAGCAUCUAACAACACUACCCAAAGAAGGUAUUUGUGCCCAUCUCUUCUGGAAAUAAUUUAUUUUCAAUCUCAGGGUUCAUGGACAAUAAUGCAAAACUUUGAACAUUCCUGACAAGUUGUCACAUAAGGAGUCUGUCCUUUACCUCUCAGUUGUUUCUAGAUGAUCCAUGAUUUCAAGAUACUUCUCUUUGUUAAGUAUUCGUGAAUUUACUUAAGUGUCGUCCUGACUGCCUAACCACUCCUUGUGUUUGAGUUGUGCAACAGUGAAUUAAAUGUGCUUUCAUUUAAUGGCCUAUGGCUGCCCUGUGCUUCCUGUGUUGUUAUUUCGGUUUCCUUUGGGUGAAAAGAAUAAGUGUCAUUGCCUCAGAAAUGAUUAUUUUAGAACAAACAUGUUUCCAAAUGUAACAGAAUGAUGACUACCAUAGGAACUGGAACUUUUUUUUUAGACUUUAAUAACAUUUUAAAAGUGAGUAGGUUGUUACUGUUCUAGGAGUUUUUGUUUUUCAAACUGGAGAUUAUUUCAGACCACAUGUAAUCUCACAGAUCAGAUUGUCCAUUUAACCUAGGUUUUAUUUGCAGAAAGCACAAAUUGGUAAAAUAAAGGUUUAAUGGCGAGUUAUUUACAGCAUCAUUUAAAUACCUAACUUUGAUUUAGGGCCGUGGGUCUCACAGUAUGGUUCUAGAACCAGCAGCAUUAAUAGCAAUUGGGGAAUGUUAGGAAUGCAUAUUUACAGGCCCCAUUCCAGAACUGCAGAGUCAGAAACUUUGGGGGUGGAGCCCAGUGAUUUUUUUUUUUUUUUUAAAUAAGCCCUCCUGGUAAUUCUGAUGCAUGAUCCAGUUUGAGAACAACUGAUUCCUAGCUUAGAAGUUUACAGCAAGUCAGCUCAGCUCAAUUACUUUAAGGUUAAGAACAGAAAUUGUCUUACAGAAAUUGUCUUCAGAAAAUCAAAUAUAUGUCCACAAAACAUAAAGAUCUACUUUUGUUCUAUUUCCCAAGUUAAAUGAUCACAGGCUUCUUGGGUUCACUCACAGCCACAAAUUUCCAUGAAAAACUAAAAGAAGUAAUAGUUCAGAAUCACAGAGAAAAAACUGCCAAUAGGAUACUUGGCAGGCACCUAAAACUUUUUAUGUGCAUCAAGCUGAAGCUAGAAAAUACUCUUACAGCAUUAAUUGUUAACAUUAAUGUCUUAGAGGAUGCAGAAAUAAGACUUUAGAAUUCCAUUUUUUGUUAUUUAAAUUUUAUUUAGCACCAACAGUGUGGGACUGAAGUACUUUACAGAGCACUCAUAAGGUAAUCUCUGCCUUUGAGUCCUACAUUCUUUCCAUAAUGUACAUUUUUUUUAAACACAGUACAAUGCAUGACAUCAUAAAAAGAUUAUGUGAACACAGACAGACCUUUUAUGGUGAAAAUUUGUAAGAUUUACUUUGUUUUAUUUACAUGAUGGUGACUGAUGACUAAAUGUCUAUGAAAAUGGAGGAUUUUAUGUGAAAAUGAAGUGAAAAGCUGUAUGUCAAAUCAUAUUUGUAAUCCUUUAACUCUUGACUUCUGUAGUCCGACCUCUAUAGUAGCUAGUGACCACAUGGACCAUUUUAAAUAGAUCAUCUUGAAAUUACAGAAAUCCUUUUGUGCUAUUUCUCAUUUACACUUGUUG